UAUCUACGAAUGCGCUUCGACAACAAGGUCGGCAUCACUGCUUGUGUCAUCUACUUUGUACUCAGUCAAACUCUUGGUGCCAUCGGAAUCUACAGUGCUGCCAUUGCAAUCUCGACAAUGCUUUCUGUCCCUCUGAUCUACACUGAUAUUGCCAUCGGCUUAGCAGGAACAACGUACACCGCCUUGGGUGGACUUCGAAGCGUUGUGUGGGCGGACUGCAUACAGGCUGCUGUCAUGAUAGCCUCGCCAAUCGUAAUCAUCGCUAAGGUCUUCUACGAUUCUCACCGUGUAAGCCAGCCGCUGAGACCACUUAGUGACUUCAACGUCACUACGUACAUGUUACGGAUAGCCAUCGGAGGAGGACUGAUGGUGUUCAUGUUCUUUGUACUCGUUGGAUUCACCGCCAUAGCCGUAAUCUACUGGUUCAGAGACUGUGACCCUCUACUCUCUGGCUCCAUCUCUAACUACGAUCAGGGUCGGCCCACAAUUUUUGAUCGCACUACGCAGCCUGACCAAGAGAUUAAACAGCUCCGCUGUUAA